UCGACGUAGUGUAGCUGCUUGUAUCCAUAACCUAUAACCCUCAGAGGUGGGUGGGUGUUCGGAAGCGCGGCUUCUGCAGCAUAAUUAAAACAUGGCGGAUUCAGAGGAAUUUAGACUUAAACGAUUAAAGCAUGAACAGCGCUUGUCCAGAGUAUUUGAUGAAGUGAUGGGGCUUGGAGACUUUGCUGAUUCCUCCGAGGGCUCUGCCACCUCUUCCAAGAGUGGAGGUCAGGACGAGACCAAGGGAGUAGACAAAACUUCAGGACAAGCGGAACACCAACAGGUAGAAGAGGAAGAUAGCAAUGGCAGUAGACAAGAAGAAAAGAUGGAUGAGGGGAUAGGAGAGCCAUCCUUUCCUCGCAUUUCCUCCACUUCCUCUGACCAGCACUCCUUGUUUACUAUGGGGACCAAUGAAGGAGGACGAGGAGGAGGAGGAAGAGGAGGGGCGGCGUUUGAUGACGCCUUGGAUGGCCUGGAAGAUGAUGAAGACUGGCACUUUGCCCUGCCAAUGGGAAGCCUGGAGGACGUUCAUAUGAGCGAGACGAACAGAAAAGCCAGCCAGCCAGGAGGGGGGAACAAUGUAACUCGAAGCAUUCCCUUUGAUCAGCAGCCCAGAGAGGAAGAGGAUGAGGAUGAAGAAGAGGAACAAGACAGAGAAGGGAGCAGUGGGUCUACCAACACCUCCCACUCCUCCCAGGACCACACACCUGAAAAUAGCCAAGAUGGAGGCAUCUUGAACCAGACAGAGGAGACAGAAGAUAGCCAGGAGGGAGAGAGGUCAGAGGCAGUGCCAAUGGAGGAGAGUACUCCCCAGAUCUGUCCUCCUAUUAAUAUUAAAGAUGAGCCCAUUGAUGAAGGCUACGAUGCUGCUUUACUGCCUCAGAGCUCCAUCAGACAGAUCAAAGAGGAGCUGGAACAUCAGGAGGAAGAGCUGAGGAUCAGUUCUGUGUACUCAGUAGGUGGAGGGAACACUUUUGCACCCCCUACUAUGACAUCAGCAGUCCCAGCUCCACCUCCGGCAGCCAUUUUUAUCCCAAGUAGAGGUGCUCUCCUACAAGCCAUGGCUCCCCUCCCUGUCAGACCACCAGUCCCAGUCCAGAGUUCACUACCAGCUCUGGCACCAGUACCCCCACGCCCACCUCAGCCCCCCGUUCCUGGUAGUGUUCGCUGCAGUGGCUGCUCUAAGGUUCUGCUGAAGGGCCAAACAGCAUUCCAAAGAAAAGGUUCAACGCAGCUCUUCUGCUCCACAGUCUGUCUGACUGGCCAUCUGCCCCCAGCCAACAAGGGCCGAUCCUGUUCUCAGUGCAACAGGGAGAUUCUUCAGCCUAGGGACAUGAUCACAAUUCCAGUAGAUGAUAGCAACUACAUGCACUUUUGUGGCCAGUUCUGUCUAUCCGUCUUCAGACACAAGAAGAAGCAAAAUGACAAGAUUCCUGAUAAAUGGACUGACAAACGACAGGAGAGGAAGCCCGAGAAGCUGCCUGAGAAACCAGCGGAUCGACAACCUGAGAAACCCUUUUGUAGUGUCUGCAAAGUCUCUAAUAGGCUGAUUGAGCAUGAAGUCACUCAUCAAGGUCGUUUGCACAGACUCUGUAGUAAUGCUUGUUUUAUAACAUGGCGCAAGAUGCGGCAGUUAGCCAUGAACUGCUGUGAAGGCUGCGGGCUUUACUGUAAUAGCAACUCAGGCUCCUGUCAGACACUCACAAUUGAAAGAUCUCAGCUCAACUUCUGUGGUCCUACCUGUAUUGGCACCUACAAACAGACCUGCAGAAAGAUGGUUGAGUGUGCGAACUGUCACAAGAUGGCGAUAGUGUCCUCCACCAUCAUGGAGCGAGACUUAAGGGGCAAAGUUCAGCUCUACUGUUCACCUGCUUGUGUGGAACAGAGUCGACCACCCCUACACGUUCUCAGUGGUACUGCAUUCCCCUGCUGUCAGUGCAAGGUGUCUGCUGUUCCUCAGUACCAUCUGGCCAUGGUUGACGGCACCAUUCGAAACUUCUGCUCCUACGACUGUGUUUCUAUAUACAGGAAGUCCGGGCACCCCUCUCAGCCAGACCAGAUCAAUGGAACCUCAUCUCUCAGGGAACCCUCUCCCAGAGACGCCCCCAAACCGGGUCCCUCUGCCGGAGCCAGCUCUGUCCCUCCCAUCCCUCAGGACUAUCCAUCAUCAGUGCCCUACCAGGGCCACCAUCCCAGUCAUACCUCAGUGCCCCCACUGGUGCCUCCCUACCCAGCCAUGUCCUCCCCCUCUGUCCCAGGGCAAGUCCAGGCUGGAGCACUUGCUGGUCAGUCUCUGAAACCAGCAGAGGGCGGACCCAAUGACACCUCCAAGCUGACCUGCCAUCAGUGCAGCAAACACUUCAACAUCAAGCCGCUGCUAUUUAGUCACCAAGGUCGUAUUUCUAUGUUCUGCAGUAGAACGUGCUGUGAGCAGUAUAAAAUCCAGAAGAAUAUCCUGGUGAUGUGUGAGCGCUGUAAACAAGAGAAAGUGGUCUUUGACAUCAUCAGCUACAACCAGCAGGACCUGGUCUUCUGCAGUGAAAACUGUAAGCUACUUUUCAAACAUGAACUGACAUCUCGCAACAAGGAUCCCUGGCGUCCCUGCACUUACUGCUCCGGGAUCAGCCAGAAGAUGCUGCACAGUCACUACGGAGGCAGGAUGGAGGAGUUCUGUAGACCCCACUGCAUGUCCCAGUACACUGUACUCUACUAUGGGAUGGGGAGAUGCGACAGCUGUAGGAAACAGGGCUACAUGACCGACAAGCUGCAGUGUUUGGGUUCAGUCCGUAAUUUCUGCAACCUGCCCUGCCUGCUGCAGUACUGCUACCUGCAUUUUGAGACGAGCCAGCACACCAGCAGUAACGGUACUGGAACGGCACCGCAAACACCAUACGCUCCAGCCCAGCCCAACCAUUCAUCAAAGAUGAAUCCUGUCAUAGCUGAUGUGGUGUCACUGGCCAAUGGGUCUGCCACUCAGCCCAGCGUGUCAGCAGAUACAGCUUUGACCGGAGCACUUCCGACCUCCAACGUUGAUGGCAAGAACUUAGACCAUGCCAGUACCCAGACGGAUGCCAUGCGAGUGCCUGUGUCCCGUCGACGUCAAAUGAAGAACAAGUCAGUUCUGUGUCGGCCCUUCACAAUGGACCAAGAGAGCUUUUGCCAUCUGCCUGAACCUUCUACUGGAUCAGCAGCUCUGUCUCUGCCCUCAGCUUGCUCCUCAGCAGGAGAGGAGAAAGUGAAGGUGUUGAUAGUGCCAGUCCCAGUACCGGUCUUCAUUCCAGUGCCUAUGAACAUGUACUCCCAGCACGCGCCUGUUCCGAUGGCUAUGCCUUUGCCUCUUCCAGUACCCAUGCUGGUGCCACCCCAGAGCAAGGACAUGAAAGACGCAGCAAUCCAAUCAGAGCCUUUGCCUAUGGAAAAGGAAAAACAAGCAUGUGUGUCCAGUGCAGCAUACCAGAGCAGUUUUAGUGGAGACAUGAAGCCAGACGUGGUCACUCCCAUAAUCCACGAAGAUGAGGAGACUCCGAAAGCACUACAGGCCGCCCUGCCAAUUACUGUGAGCUCUGAGAAGAGCGUGGAGUCAAAUGACCCGCAACUUAAUACCCAGCCAGAGGAGAGCGUGACAACAACUGACCCGCCUACCACCAGCACGGAGCAUCAACCUCCCUCCUCUCCAAUGAUGGAUUUGGAGACUGACUUCCCGCCCGAAUCGUUGGAUCAGAAACCACCUCCUCCGCAGCGAGGAGUGAAGAGACCCAGAGAAGGUUUCUCUGGACGGAAACGGGGUCGAAGGCGAACCGGCCCGCCGGCCUGCAGUGCAGUGGUGAGUCCAGCCGCCUCCAAAGUGAAUCACCUGUAUGGGGUUAAAGCCUGGAGGAGCUGGGUACAACAGCGAACCAAACAGGAGGAAGAAAUAGAUAUUAAAGAAGACGUCCUUCAGUGUGACUCCGCGGAGCUGAGCUUUGCUCUGUCUCGCUUCGUCAAAGAAGUGAGACGACCCAAUGGAGAGACCUACAGCCCAGACAGCAUCUUCUACCUCUGUCUGGGGAUACAGCAGUACCUGUUCAUGAAGGGCCGCAUAGAGAACAUCUUCACUGACAAGCUGUACAGUCAGUUUGCUACCGAGAUUACUGGGAUGCUGCAACUCUGGAAACCUAAACUACUACCCAGUGGUGGUGUUGUUUCCUCCCGUGUCAUGGAGUCCUACCUGUGGGAGUGUAAGCAGCUGGGUGCCUACUCCCCCAUAGUGUUGCUCAACACGCUGCUCUUCUUCUGCACCAAGACGUUCCACUUCACCACGCUGGCGCAGCACCAAAGCCUCUCCUUUACCAACUUCACUCGGUCCUCCAAACCCUGCAGCAGAACCGGCAAAGUCCACUACCUCCGAUACCUCAAAGGCAGCGCUGCCACGCCACGCCGAGAGGAGACAGAGCGAUUGAGAAAAAGGCACUCAGAGGAAGAGGAAGUCCUGGAGAUGCUUGAAAAUGUCACCAACCCUCUGCAAUGUCCUGUCAGACUCUACGAGUUCUACCUCUCUAGAUGUCCGGAGUCGGUGAAGAAGAGAUCUGACGUGUUUUACCUCCAGCCUGAACAGGAUGUGCACACACACAGUUCCCUCUGGUAUACUUCUCAACCAUUAGAGAGCACCACUCUACAGAGCAUGCUCACACGCAUCCUGGCCGUCAGAGAGGCUCACCAUGAACAGGAAGCAGCCCAGCGUCAGUCUUCGGCCACUGCCGCCGGUGCUGACAGUUUACAGUGAUACGGAGCUCUGCUCGUUCACAUCCUGCUUGUGAUCUUAUCUGCCACAGAAACCCUCUCUGGUGCAGAGUAUUUCACAGUGAAAUUUAACCCGUCGGUCACUCAGGCUCAGGUGGACAAGUCUGUGAAAUGGAGACAGAACCAAGAAAGACACUUUGUCACAAAAUGAGACAAGUUUAAUGAAUUUCCAGAGUGUGGGAUAGUUGGGCACCCUCAGUGACCAUCCUCUUUCUGCAUAAAUGCAUAAUGAGUUUACACACAUCUGAUAGUCUGAAAUACAUGUAUGAAAAAGGGAGUGUUAAACAGCACAGUCUUCUUUUCUCAUCAGUGUCACGCAGCGCCAGAGCGAUGCUUGUGCCCAUCAUUUAUCACGUGUAGCGGGUUGAUUUGUAGCCAUGCCAAGCCUGCCAGAUGUGUUUUUUUUAUUUCAGAAACAGACUUGUGCAAUAUUACAGUGAUGUGAGCAGCAGAUUUCAUGUGAGAACAGUCGGUGCUGACGUGGAUGAGGUGAACAUCUGUUCAACUGCGUGCUUUUGUGCUUUUAAUUUUCACCAGAAACUAAAACAGUGACAUUUUGAGCAGGUUUGGUAGUUCAGCAGUCUGGCUUAUUCAUGCGUAGCUUCUCACAGGCAAUCCUGUAGUUUGACAAACAAAACAUUCAGUAUGUAGUUUAACAAACAGCAUCAUAUUCAUCGCAUUGGAGGUGGAUGACAUUGAACGGUUGACAAAAGCCAUAUCACAAAUAUCUGAUGUGAUAUGUUGUGAAACCAGAAUACUGUAUAUCAGUAACCCUUCUUGUGAUAAUAGAGAAGACUUUAAUCUUUUCUUGUUUUAUUAUUAUACACUUAUCUGACAUUACUUUGUUCCCCUUUUAAAUUAUCCGUCCUGUGUGUCUUUUCCCUCUCGCCAACCUUCCCCUCUCCCUCUGAUCUGUCUGCUACCGUUCUUUCUCCUGUUUUUCCCUCUGAGCUUCGUCAUAUACUGUACCUUGUUCCAUCCUUAGUAAUAAUUGGACCUCUGCUCUUUCGCUGUUUCUAACAGUGCCAUUAUUUUCUCCACAGUUACUUUGUUGCCUUUUUGUUUUUCCUUUUUUUUAUUUGACUUUGUUUCAUAAUUUGAGGAUAAAUGAGAAAAGGGGAAUGUGAGUGAGCAGCAGGCAUCUCACAUUAGUAACAAAAUACUUUCCUGUAUUAUAACUAACAGUGUGUAUGGUUUAUGGUAUAGUACAUUUUUAAUUGGCUAUACAUGCAAUUAAAAAGAAGUACUAUGAUGGUGCCUGAGAUAUUUACCCUGGCUGACACAGUGGUAAUUCAUUUUGUUUUUAUUCAUUCCUGUUAUCUGUAACAGACCUUUGAGUAAGAAUGGAUUGUGAACUUCUGAACUACUUGCAUUCAUUUUGCUGUUUGUGCUAUGCUGCUAUGUUUUGUUACAGAGGCCGACAUGCCUUCUCUCUUACCUCAUGUUCGUGCUUUAUAUACAAAGUAUGUUGGUGUGAAAGAAUUACAAACACUACACGUCUGACCGGAUCUCUCCUGCUGCUCCAUGCUAACACGAAGCGUUCACAGUGUGAGCGGAUGCUAAUCUCUCAGCGUUAUCCAAACACACAGUUGUGUAAAUGUUGCUGAAUUUCUUCUAACGACAUACUGUCACUGCUGCUGGUUGCUGUCUGAAUAUUGUUACUGCUGUUAUUGAUAUCAUCACGCCCAUUUAACUAUUGUUCAGGAAGAAAAGGCCCAAAGUCAGUCAGAUGUUUUAUUGUCAUGCACAAGAUGCUGUAUUGCCAUUAAGUAUUAAAAGGUCUUCUUAUUCCUUUCCUUCCUUGAUUAAAAGGCAAAGAAUUUUUAACGAAAGCAUAACUGACAUGAAAUGUGAUGUUGGGAGUGUAAGUGAAGUUUGUGCAGUUUUGAAGCAUUUGUUCAUAAAAUGUGUAAAGCUCGUUGUGUGUGUGUGACUGUGUUGGACGUCACUUUAUCUCUAUUGCUUCUCUCACUUUCUCGAGAUUUUUUGUUUUAUUUUGGUUCAUAAGUAUGAGGCAGGUCAGUGCAUUAUUAAUAGAUUUUCUUGUCUGGUCUCCCAGCCUCCAUCAGGAUUGGCACUAAAAGGUAUCCAGAGAGAAACAUUAUUGAUGAUACAUUUGUAUAAUUCUUGUACUACAUUUAUGUUCUUCAGUUUUCAACCAUAUGACACAUCUUGAGCACUGGACUUUGCACUUUCAGGACUUCGCAUCUGUGUAUUCACCCAGAAACAGUGUUAGAUGAAUUAAUCUCAGUUCAAGGUACACUUGCUUUUGCAUCUGCUUCUGGAGCUUUCAGUUACAGUUUGAUGAAAAUUCAUUUUGUAUAUAAACUCUAUAAGAAUACGAUUGACCUGAAAAAUAAAUAAAAAAUA